AGGCUGUGCGGCCCAGUCCUGGGGUCGGGAGAGCCCAGCAGGAAGUGAGUGGCAGGCCUGAGGCAGCUUGGGAGGCGGCCGGGACUGUUCCUGUCUCUGCCGGCACUGGCUGAGGACCUCGCCCAGGGACUCGCCCGCAGUCCUUCCUUCCCUGGGCGUCUGGGAGGAGGGGCACGAUGAACAACUCCCUGAUCCUGGAGCUGUGGCGGUCCAAGGCGGUGUCUGUGCGUGAGCGGCUGGGCAUCGGGGACCAGCCCAACGACUCGUACUGCUACAACACGGCCAAAAACAGCACCGUGCUCCAGGGGGUCACCUUCGGGGGCGUCCCCACUGUCCUGCUCAUAGACGUCAGUUGCUUCCUGUGUUUGAUCUUGGUGUUUUCCAUCAUAAGAAGGAGAUUCUGGGAUUAUGGCCGUAUCGCCCUGGUGUCAGAAGCGGACAGCGAUUCCAGGUUCCAGAGACUGUCAUCGUCGUCCUCUUUUGGGCAACAAGAUUUUGAAAGCGAGCUGGGAUGCUGUCCCUGGCUGACUGCCAUCUUUCGCCUGCACGAUGACCAGAUUCUGGAGCGGUGUGGGGAGGACGCCAUCCACUACCUGUCCUUCCAGAGACAUGUCAUCUUCCUACUAGUGGUCGUCAGCUGCUUGUCCCUGUGCGUCAUCCUGCCCGUCAACCUCUCGGGUGAUUUGCUGGACAAAGACCCUUAUAGCUUUGGGAGGACGACCAUCGCAAACCUGCAGACGGACGAUGACCUCCUUUGGCUGCACACUGUCUUUGCCGUCAUCUAUCUCCUCCUCACCGUGGGCUUCAUGAGACACCACACCCGGUCCAUCCAGUACCAGGAGGAGAACUCGGUGAGGCGGACCUUGUUCAUCACGGGACUCCCCCGAGACAGCAAGAAGGAGACAGUGGAGACCCACUUCCGGAAGAAGACAGAAAAGAGCCUGAUCUAUUACAUGAACCUGCGGGCGAAGACAGGCCAGUGGACCCUCAUCAACCCCAGGCCCUGCGGCCAGUUCUGCUGUUGCAAAGUGCCGGGGUGCGAGUGGGAGGAUGCCGUCUCCUACUAUGCGCGCAUGAGGGACAGGCUGCUGGAGAGGAUCGCGGAUGAGGAACGCCGGGUGCAGGAACAGCCCCUGGGCAUGGCCUUCGUCACUUUCCAGGAGAAGUCCAUGGCCACCUACAUCCUCAAAGACUUCAAUGCCUGCAAGUGUCAGAGCCUCCAGUGCAAAGGCGAGCCCCAGCCGUCCUCCUGCAGCGCGGAGCUCCGUAUCUCCAAGUGGACGGUCUCCUUUGCCACGUACCCCGAGGACAUCUGCUGGAAGAACCUCUCCGUCCAGGGUUUCUGCUGGUGGCUCCAGUGGCUGGGCAUCAACUUCACUCUGUUCGUGGGGCUCUUCUUCCUGACCACCCCCGCCAUCAUCCUGUCCACCAUAGACAAGUUCAAUGUCACCAAACCCAUCCGUGAGCUCAACGACCCGGUCAUCAGUCAGUUUUUCCCGACCCUCCUCCUGUGGUCCUUCUCGGCCCUGCUCCCCACCAUCGUCUACUACUCCACGCUGCUGGAGUCUCACUGGACCAAGUCAGGAGAAAACGAGAUCAUGAUGUCCAAGGUCUAUAUAUUCUUGAUCUUCAUGGUGCUGAUCCUGCCGUCCCUCGGCCUCACCAGUCUGGAUUUUUUCUUCCGGUGGCUCUUUGACAAAACUUCCUCCGAAGCCUCUAUCAGGUUGGAGUGCGUCUUCCUGCCCGACCAGGGCGCCUUCUUUGUGAACUACGUCAUCGCCUCGGCCUUCAUUGGCAACGGCAUGGAGCUGCUGCGGCUGCCGGGCCUGGUCCUCUACACCUGCCGCAUGGUCGUGGCCAAGACGGCCGCCGACCACAGGAACAUCAAGCAGAACCAGGCCUUCCAGUACGAGUUCGGAGCCAUGUACGCGUGGAUGCUGUGCGUCUUCACCGUCAUCAUGGCCUACAGCAUCACCUGCCCCAUCAUCGCGCCCUUCGGCCUCACCUACAUCCUGCUCAAGCACCUGGUGGACCGUCACAACCUGUACUUUGCCUACCUCCUGGCCAAGCUGGAGAAAAGGAUCCACUUAGCGGCCGUCAACCAGGCCUUGGCCGCCCCCAUCUUGUGCCUCUUCUGGCUCUAUUUCUUCUCCUUCCUGCGCCUGGGUCUGAAGGCCCCCCUCACCCUGUUCACCUUCCUGGCCGUCCUGCUCACCAUCCUGGUCUGCCUGGUCUAUACCUGCUUCGGAUGCUUCAAGCACCUCAGCCCUCUGAACUACAGGACGGAAGAAUCGGCCAGCGACAAAGGGAGCGAGGCCGAGGCCCACAGGCCACCGCCGUUCACGCCCUACGUGCCCCGGAUUCUGAGCGGCUUGUCCUCGGAGAGAACGGCCCUGUCCCCACAGCAUCAGCAGACUCAUGGAGCCGUCUGUGACAUCAGUGGGACCGUCCUGGGGCAGUGUCCCGCCCAGGGCCCUGCGGACAGCGACAGCAGGCCGGCUGCCUACCAGGAGGCCUGAGGGUGGCCGGGCCAGGCUCCGAGGACGGAGAGGAGGAGACCCAGGUGGAAAAGCGGCUUGACUCGGGCCCCAACCAGGCCCAGGACUACUCUGACCUGUGUGAAGCACACCUGCUCUGGGAAGACGGACCCAGAAAGGUUCCCCGGGCCCUUGGCCGAGGAAGACAGGGCGGGGCCACCACGCAGGGAAUGGCGGCCUUUCUGGUCACAGCAGCGGGGAGGGGGGCCGGUGCGUGCCGGGGACUCUGUGCGUCUCCAGGUCCCCCUUCUGCAUAAAUGUCCCAGCUCUGUAGCUGGGACACAUCCCUGGUGAUUCCGCAGGACCACAUGUGGGAACGGUGCCCCAGCAGCCCCUGCAGCUGUCCCAGGUACCCGGGAGGACACAGCGAAGGACUGCUCUUCUGUGAGGAUGGACUGCCCACCACCUCUGGGCACACACCCAGCGAUAACCAAAGAGCCUGCGUGUAGCUCUGGGCGGGGCCGCGAUGCUGGGCGGGGUUUCUUCCGGCCCCCCCAGACCCCCCCCAUCACCGCAUCCAGCCAUCUCCCACCCAUCGGGGCUGCGCCGCGGGAGCAGGAAGGGACCAGGCUCCUUGUUUCUGUGUCACAUUGCCAGUGACAGUGGCUGGGUCAGGUCACCCUGCAGCAGGCAAGGGCAGGAGGACCACGAAUAAAGCGCUCAUUCGGCCAGA